AUGCAAAGCGAAACUGGCGAGAUCUUCGAGGCGCAGCCUCGUGAGAAUAGAGCAAGGCAUGGCUCCGAAGAACACAACAGAGUAGAGGGAUCUACAAGGCAAGAUAUGGAGGAUGGUGAGCUGUCUCGCCACGCUUUCCACUCAACGUGGGAAGAAAUAUAUCAGAGGGAACUGACUAACGCACGGACAAGAAAAGCCUACCGCUCGAGUUUUGGACACGGCAACGAGCAUAAAAGAGAAUGUAACAGCAGGAGCAGUAGCAGGAGCAGUAGCAGGUGCAGCAGCAGAAGGAGUAGUGACAGCUGCUCGGUAGACGGCGAGGAAUGGUUCGGUCCGGAGUGCGCGAAGAUUGCCACCUGGGUCCUUAACACUCUGAAAUGUUCCAAAGGCCACCUAUUAGAGCCGUUCUUUCGUCGGGUGCAUGCACUACGCAGAGCAGAUACUAGCGAAACUGAUGCCUGUGCUGGCGGCAAGUGUGAUUGGUGCCAGGGGAUGGGGCCUCGGAUUUCUCAAGAAUUUACUAAGCUCCCAGUGUUGGACUUGGGCUGCGGCGGUGGCCAGUUUCUCGCUAGACUUCGUCGGUACGGUUUUGAGCGCCUGGCAGGCGUUGACUAUUCUCGCAGCGCCAUUCAACUGGCGCGGUGCAACUUGUGGGGAAUAUGUCCCAAGGUCAGCAGCGAUAAAUCCCCGCACAUUUGCCUAAGACAGGCAGACUUGAGAGAUCUCAAGCCGGAAGAGGGAUUAGAAAUACAGAAGGGACAGCAUCCUUGCAUCUGCUGCUGCGGAAAAGCGUACGAGCUGCGGAAAGUGUCCAAACAAAAUGGUGCAGCGGACAGCGAAGAGGAAAGCUGCGAUGUGGUUUCGUGUUCAUGCGAGCCGGCCAGUACUCUUCCGCCUUUUCCUGUUGUGUUUGAUAAGGGAACCUUUGACGUUUUUUGUCUUAUGCACACUCCAGAGCAGUACGUACAGUGCGUCCACCGGCUAAUGCCGCCGUAUGGGCUACUCUUCCUUACUUCUUGCAACUGCACGCUGGAGGAACUUGACUCUUUGUUUUGCUCCACACCAGAGUCAAAGUUGCCGCAUCGUGACACUGCUGAAGUCUCACUUAAGCCCACUAAGCGAGAGUCCAGAACGCCAGUUCCACAAGAGUGUAAAGGACUGGUCGCAGAGGACAGCGAGCACAGCUCUGCUCGUGGAAGCCCACCCUUUGAACGAGUUGGGUUUUUACCGCAUCGCUCGUUCAAAUUUGGAGGAGUGGAAGGGCAAGUGGUGACGUCAGUGCUCCUUAGGAGGCUCUAA